AUGUCGAGUAAUGCUCCCUCAAACAUCGGGGUAACGGAUGGCGCUCUCUUGAUGGGCACUUUCAUUGCCUCGGUCGCUUUUGGGAUCACUCUCAUGCAGACAUACGUAUACUUCACCGCGUUCCCAAACGAUCCCAGGCUCAUUCAUGCGACAGUCUGGGUACUGCUUAUAUUCGAUACCGGCCACAUAACACUCGCGUGGCACAUGAUGUAUCACUGGCUGAUCCUUAACUUCGAUAAUCCAGAGGCUCUGGGGAUUGUCGUUUGGAGUCUAAACAUAACUGUCAUCCUAACGGGCCUCAUCACUCUGAUCGUGCAAAGCUUCUAUGCACGUCGAGUCUUCAUCUUGAGCAAUCGCAACUGGUUCCUUACCAUCACCAUUAUCAUUCUCGCUAUCGUGAGAUUGGUGGUCGGCAUCGUGAACGCAGUGAAAUUCUUCCAACUCAAGUACAUCGCCCUCUUCCCGAAAGCAUGCGGGCCAAUCGUCGGGCUGUCAUUGGGCGCGGGUACUGCUGCGGACGUACUCAUCACGGCCUCGCUCGUGUACUUACUGCGCGGCCACAAGACAGGAUUCAACGUACUGAUUUUGAUCCCGAUAACGCGCAUUAGCACGGACACAAUCGUCAACCGUAUCGUCUUCUACACCGUAAACACUGGCCUUCUGACGAGCGUUGUUGGGAUCGUCGUCAUCAUCACGUUCGUUUCCAUCCCGCACGACAUGAUCUAUUUUUCCAUCUACCUCACCUUGAGCAAGCUGUACAUCAACGCGCUCCUCGCGACGCUCAACGCGCGGCGUGCGACUCGCGGCUGUGGCGUUGAGGAUUCGACGCUAUCGAUGUCACUCGCUGCACGCGUGGGGGGCACGCACCAGAGCGGGCAGUUCUCGAUGAAUGCGAUGCACGGGGGCAAGACCGACACGAUCACACCUGUCGUGCACGUCGUGACGACCACAACGACGGACAGCCGCUACCCGCCGGAGGACAACAAGACCGACGGUUGCACCUUCACCGACCCCGAGUCUAGCAUGUACAUCCCUGAGGUUUAG